AUGAAUAUUUGCACGAUAUUCAAACAAACUAUGACCAUCAGUACUUUUAUUAUCAUCAGUUAAAGCUCCGUUCAAAGCAAAGCUCCGUUCACUUUGCUUGUUAUUGUACUUAACUUUACUGUAUAUAUCUUUCUUGAGGCAAGGACCAAGUCUAAAUACAUCGGGACUUCAAUUGACUCUACAAGUUAAGUUAUAUGACGCAGUCGUUGCGAGAGAGGGAUCUUCGAGGCUGAACAGACCACUCGUAAAGUUUGUCAAGCAUGGCGGUCUAUGUUUGGCUAUUUCUCUGGAUAGACUGAUCCUCGUACGCUGUGGCGACAUGUCUUCUAAUCCUGGACCGCAUCAGAAAACCUUGAGUUGCCUUAUGCAAAAUGUCAGAAGUUUAAAGGCCUUUCAAUUAGUUGAUGGAUCUUCAUACGAAUCUAAACUUGGUAUCCUGCGUAACAUAGCGUAUGGAUAUGAUCUCGAUGUUAUUUGUUUGACGGAAACCUGGUUGAAUGAAGCAAUUACUGAUCAUGAGAUUCUUCCUACGGCUUACAACAUCUACAGACGCGAUCGUGUUGGUUGAACCGGUGGUGGCGUUAUGACUGCGAUCAAAAGCUCACUUUCUUCAUUUCAACUUAAAGUACCGUCCGACUUCUCAAGCUUGGAGAUGGUUGUUGUCGAAAUUAAUAACUUCAAAUACGACCGCAGCAUUUUAUUAAUUAAUUGUUAUCGUCCUCCAAACAACGAUCAGUUUGUUGGUCAUUUCUCUGAUUUUAUGAAGUCCUUGGUGUUCGGUCGCUACUACUCUGUUAUUGCUUGAGGGGAUUUAGGGUAUUGUUGGUAGUAUUGUUCUUUUGCGUCUUUACUGCUCUUUAGUGCGCUCUCAUUUUUGUUUUUGCUCUCAGUUAUGAGCCCCCCAGUCAAGUACCAGCAAUUUAAUCCUUGUUGAAAACAUACGAAGGAGAGCUACUCGUUUAAUCAAGCUUAAGUUAUUACCGCUAAGUUACUAGUUAGAAUAUCUUGACUUAGUUUUCUUUUUUAAGUGCCUUCAUGGGCUUAUAGAUUUCACUCGUGAAUUUAGUUAUUGUUUUUCUUUUCUAAAGGACAACACGCGCCGUGCUUCAUCAGGGCUGCACUUAAAGUUAAAUGCCUGUCGUACGUCUUCCUUUGGAGACUUUUACUUCAACAGAAUAACUUUGAUGCGGAACAGUUUACUUCAAAAUAUCAAGGAUUCAGACACUAUAGGCUCUUUUAAAAGUAAACUCAAGUCGUUUUAUUUUGCUAGACUGUUGAAUGCUUUUGAUGGUGACAAUUUUCGUUCUUUUAUUUAUUUCAAUUAUUUGAAUUGUAGUUUAGUCGGAUCAGGGAAGGGAUCUCUUUCCGGGAUAUUUUUUACGGGGCUGGGUGUGGGUGUAUUAACCAAGUAGGGGACUUAUGUCCUAUUGUUACGCACCUGUACUUGUGCUUGUACGAAUCCAUUAAAUAAAAUAAAUAAAAUAGUACUUUCAUAGCUUUAAAACGAACGAAAGUCCUCACAAUUUAAAUAUUGCUCUAUGUUUAAUUUCUAGAGAGGUUGUUUUUGCAAAUUGUGGCCCCUCGUAUACUUCCUGGAGAUCCGGAUUUGCAAACACGUACUAGCUUUGAUGUGAAAGGUGUACAAUUACACUCUUUAUAACUGUAAAAGUGUCACAGAACUGCAACUUGAGGCAGAUGAAUACCGUUCAGCAACAUGCACCUCAACCAUGCAGAGAUGGCAUCAACCACGUGUUGAAGGUACUACAUCCUGCCUUAUAUCGUGGAAGGGUCUGUUUACAAAACACAACUACAUUCCAUUACAUACUUUAUAA